CCCCGGAGUACGGAAGGCCCGGGUCGCGUCAGGUGGGAGGGGAGCCGGUCGAGCGAGCCGGUGACGCGGAGCCCACGGCCUGUGACGUGGGGCCGCCCGGAGUCGGGAAAGAAGGGUCUCGGCGCAAGUUCCUGAGCCUGCUUAGGUUUUUUUUCCCAGUGGAAGUCUUGAAAUACAUUUUCAUUAAAGAAAAAAAUAUGACUACUCUUAAAAGUUUAGAAACUAAAGUCACCCUUACUUCAACCCCAAUCCGAGGAGCAGGAGAUGGAAUGGAAACAGAAGAGCCACCUACAUCUAUUGAAACCACCUCUGGAGUCCAGUCCAUAAAGCAUCAUAUCCUUCAGAGUCCACGGAAGAAAGCAGCUCCUUCAGAGAACCCAGGAGUUCUUCAGCUGGGAAAGAUUCUYUCUGAAAAGGCAGUGGAGGUAGAAGCUAUAAGAAUACGUGUUCCCAAAACUGCUAUAACUCAUGAUAUCCCYAACAAAAAUGGAAAGGUUAAAUCUCUAGGAUAUCAUAGAGGAGAAUUUCAUGGUCAGCCUGAAGGAGUUAUAGAACCUAGAAAGGAACUCUCGGAGGUGAAGACUGUAUUGGAAAAGCUCAAGAACUCUGAAAGAAGGUUACUACAAGACAAAGAAGGUCUUUCAAACCAGCUCCGAGUACAAACAGAGGUAAAUCGUGAGUUAAAAAAGUUGUUGGUGGCUUCUGUGGGGGAUGAUCUUCAGUAUCACUUUGAACGUCUAGCCCGUGAAAAGAAUCAGCUUAUUUUAGAAAAUGAAGCCCUAGGUCGAAACACAGCUCAACUCUCCGAACAGUUAGAACGUAUGUCCAUACAAUGUGAUGUGUGGCGUAGUAAAUUUCUCGCAAGCAGGGUAAUGGCAGAUGAGUUAACCAGCUCCAGAGCAGUUUUACAGCGUCACAAUCGUGAUGCACAAAGUGCUAUACAAGAUCUCCUGAGUGAACGGGAGCAGUUUCGUCAAGAAAUGAUAGCUACCAAGAAAUUUUUGGAGGAGCUCUUGGUCUCCUUACAGUGGGGAAGAGAGCAGACUUACUCCCCCAGUGCACAACCUCAGAGCACAGCAGAACUUGCAUUAACAAAUCACAAUUUAGCAAAAGCAUUAAAUUCUCAUCUUCUGGGGAAUGUUGGCAUUGGCAGUCAGAAAAAGAUACCAUCAACAGUUGAAUUCUGCAGCUCCCCAGCUGAAAAAAUGGCUGAAAAGGUUCUACGCAUUUUGGAUCCAGUCACCUGUACAGAAAACUCAUCUGAUAAUCUAUUUUCUCAGUCUUCACCAACCACAUUACUUGCUACAAAGAAAAAUAUUGGACGAUUUCAUCCCUAUACUAGAUACGAAAAUGUAACUUUCAAUUGCUGCAAUCACUGCCAGGGAGAACUUAUUGUCCUUUAGUAUUCCAUAUGUUGGAGGCAUGCUUAUUGUCCAAGAGUCAUUUUUAUUUGGGAGUUGGGUUCUUAUAAUACAAGGUAAUGUCACUUCCUCUUUACAUAUCAUAUAUCUACAAAGAUAUUUUAUGUUCUGGACUUCAGAUUAUCAUUUCUUAAUAAAUAUCUCAGGGUACGAAAGCGAACCGUGUAGGUAUGUUUAGAGUACAGGGUAAUAUCCAGGCAAACACAAUGUUUAUGCUAAAAGACUCAAAAAGAUUUUCUACCUGUCUUUGAGGCCCAAAAUUAUUAUUCUUAUAUUAUUCAUCAUUCUGUAAGAAAAUGUUUCAUUUGGGUGCACUACUGCAGACAAACUAAUUCCAUGAGUCAAAUGUCACCCCAUACCCAUUCAUCUGCUAUUGCCUAAGCUGGUUUUGAACAACAGUAGAGUAGAUGCAGUAGGACUUGUAGACCCUUGAUGGUUUGUUCUUUACAGAAAAAAAUUUCUAAACCUUACAUAAAAAUAAUACCUGGGAGACAGGGUGAAGAGGUUUCAAUCAUUUUUAUGGUAAUUUUGGAGGCUACAAAAGAGGCUUACAAAAAUACUAAGGGUGAAGGGGCUAAUGUGUGASAGUGUGUGUGUGUAUGUGUGUGUGUUCAUUAUACAGAAUGGUGGGUUUCAUUGUGGCAUAUUUGUGCACACACACAAAAAAAUUGAUCUUCACACCCUAAUACCUCCCUCAGCCUUAUCCCCUUCCUCUACCCUACUGGUCUCAUUUCAUAGAGUCCCUUCUUUUCUCUGUUUCUCUGUUCCCUCACUUCCACAUAUGAGAGAAAACAUACAGUACUUCUCUCUCCAGGUGACUUAUUUUGCUCCAAAUUAUGGUUUCCAGUUCCAUCCAUUUUCCUGCAUGUGAUAGAUUUUGUCCUCUUUUAUCACUGAAUAAAUGUCUAUUG